AUGUCCGACGACGGUGUAGCGGGACCGUCCUCUUCACCACCCGUCCCACCCUCUCCGCGAGUCGAGACGGCAGGAGUCGAGGCGGGCGUCGAUGCUCAGCCAGCGGGGGAGCAAGACGCUGAGCUUCUCCCUCCGACAGAGGACGACGCUGCACUCCCGCGAGAAGUGCCAGAGCACAACCUCAUUGCGGCGCAACAGGCCCUGCAAGGCGGGAUAUUCACAAUGGCAACCGAUCACCCACCACUGCGACUUUCCUCCAUCCGCUUGAUAGGCACAACGCAUGUGCGUCCCUCCUUUCUAUCCCACCUCUGUGCGCCCUACAUCUCCCAGCCCACCGCGCUGCAACGACUUCUGGGCGUUGGCCCCUCGUCCUCCUCGUCCUCGCACCCCCUCCCAGCACCAGGUGAACGCACGACUCUCCGCGAGCUCCUGGCCUUAUCCGCCCGUCUAGCAGAGCAGCUGGAUCGACUCGACCUAUUCCGUGGGGUGGACGUGACUCUUCUCCCCUCCGCCUCGGCUGACUCCCCGCACUCGAAGGAAGAGACGGACAUAGUGAUCCAACUGGCCGAGGCUCCGCGCUUCUGGCUGAAGAGCUCCUCGGACGUGGGUAAUGGGGAAGGCUCCGUCUCGCUGCAAGGUAGGGUGCGCAACCUUUUCGGCGGGGGAGAGAAGCUAGAGGGAAGCUACGAGGUCGGGACAAGGACGCGAAGCGCACUCAAUGCGACGUUGAGUGCUCCGGUGGCAGGAAGUGCGGAUCAUGUAGCUCGACUGGGGGUGUACAGCUGCGAGAGGGACAAGAGCUGGUAUGCGAGUCACGAAGAGAGCAGCGCGGGGCUGCGAGUGUCAAUCGAGGGGGCGAAUCGCGCGCGCGGGUUGACGAAUGAGCUGGCCUGUGAAGGCGUAUGGCGACGCAUCGGACGAGUGGGAGCGGGGGCAUCGACGCCCGUAAGACGAGAGCGGGGAGACGAUGUCAAGACGAGUCUGGUGCACACCCUCGUGCACGAUACGCGGGACGAGCCCUUCUUGGGCAGCGAGGGUUGGUUCGGGAAGAGCGUGACGGAGCUGGCCUCGCGGUGGUUGGGUGGGGGGAGGGAUCACCUGCGCUGGGAGGGGGAGGCGAGCCUGACACGGCGACUCGACUUCACUUCCACGGGCCUGCGGGGCGAAGUGCAAGGAUGGGGCUAUUCUACGGGGCUGCGCACAGGGUUCAUUCUCCCCUUGCGCCGCGGGGAGCGACACCACCUCUCUGACCUCUUCCAUCUGGGCGGGCCGACUUCGUUGCGCAUGUUCUCACCCAACUCCCUCGGCCCAAAGAGCGGGCGUGACUCGUUGGGGGGUUGGGCCUACUACGAGGUUGGGGGCAGCCUCUUUGCGCCCUGCUGGCCGGGGAAGGCUCAUUGGCCGUUGAAGGUGCACGCGUUUCUCAAUGCGGGGCAGGUAGCCGGGGGAGCCUCAUCGCGCGGGCAGUCGUUGUUGUCUGCGGCUCGCGAGCCGAGCAUGAGUGCGGGCAUGGGGCUGGCAUACACGCAGGGACCGUUACGGGUGGAAGUGAAUGCUGGCAUGCCGAUCACGAGCAGGCGCGGGGAUGGACAGAGGAAGGGGGUGCAGUUUGGUAUUGGCAUCGACUUUCUUGGCGGCUAGCUAGCGCGGGGAGAGGCGAUACGUCGGUUCAAAGAUUGUUGCGCUGCGGGCGGGCGGUGCGGGCGAAGAGGUCAGAUAUCAAUGCGCACCAUUCAUCACCUCGGUUCACGCGCCACGCACUGCACGUCGACAAACGUCUUGAUCCCCUUCUCGCUCGGCCUGAUCGUCUCCCUCUUGGUAUCCCGGGGAAGGGCCUUGCGCAUGUCUGGUCGGGCGUGGCGUGGGGUGGCGGCAUGAUCAGCAUCAGCGUAAUCGUCUCUCUCUCCUCGCUUCUCUCGCCCGCUCGACUCACCAAACCCAUCCUCAUCCUCUGCUCCACCCUUGCCUCCUCCCCCAGCAUAAUACUCCCUCACCCUUCGAUAGACC